CGGGGGUGGCCCGGUGGGGCGUGUGGCGCGGCCGGGACUGCGGGUCGGUGGGCAGUGGUACAGCGGCGGCGGUCGUGGUGGUUAGAGGAAAGAAAGACGGUUACGGGCUGGGCCUGAAGGGAGGCUCGGCUGGGCUGGGCUGGACUGGGCCUGGCUCGGCGGCCCUGCCCGCGAUCUGAGCCCGCUCCCGGCCCUGUGACGGGGCGGGGGUGCCCGGCCCCUGAGGAUGAAGGAGACCAUCAUGAACCAGGAGAAGCUGGCCAAGCUGCAGGCCCAAGUGCGCAUCGGUGGCAAGGGUACUGCCCGCAGAAAGAAGAAGGUUGUUCACAGAACAGCUACAGCAGAUGACAAGAAACUUCAGUUUUCAUUGAAGAAACUAGGAGUCAACAAUAUUUCUGGAAUUGAAGAGGUAAACAUGUUUACCAAUCAAGGAACAGUCAUUCACUUCAAUAACCCAAAAGUUCAAGCAUCUCUGGCUGCUAACACUUUCACUAUCACUGGCCAUGCGGAGACAAAGCAGCUGACAGAAAUGCUUCCUAGCAUCCUAAACCAGCUUGGAGCUGACAGUUUGACCAGCCUGAGGAGAUUGGCAGAAGCCCUACCCAAGCAAUCUGUGGAUGGAAAAGCACCUCUUGCUACUGGUGAAGAUGAUGAUGAUGAAGUUCCAGAUCUUGUUGAAAACUUCGAUGAAGCUUCGAAGAAUGAGGCAAACUGAACUAAGUGUCACUUUCUGAAUAAAACUGAAACUUGAAAAAGCUACAUGGAGCUGCUAUUUUAUAUUGUGACUGCUUGAUUUUAUUUCCUGAUGAGAUCUCAAGAUCUGUCAUAUUUGGAAACUCCUUGAAUCUGCAGCUCCUUAGUUAAUGCUUGUACACAAUAUUAUUUUUGUGGCCCGAACAGACAUAUGCUUUCAGAUAAGUCAGAUUGCUAACAAAUUUCUGCCUAGACACAUUUUUUGAGUAACUUGUAUACAAGCAAAACCCUAUCUUUAAUGAACUUUGGCAUACAAUAAAAACAUUAAAAAAA